CUGCCUGCCAAGCCUGCAUGAGGGUCUAUGCAAUAGAUCUCAGCUUGUGGCACUGGCAAAGUUCACAGCACACAUUUUCACAAACAUGGAACUGACCGCAGAGAAUCACUCCAUUCCCCUGAGUGAUGGAAACACUAUACCUCUAAUAGGACUGGGAACAUAUGGAAAUCCCCAAGAGACCCCUAAAGGAACUGCAUGUGAAUCAGUCAAAGUGGCUAUUGAGAAAGGGUACAGACACAUAGAUGGAGCUUUGGUCUAUUUCAACGAACAUGAGGUGGGACAAGCAAUAAGGGAAAAAAUUGCUGAUGGAACGGUGAAGCGAGAGGACAUUUUCUACUGCGGAAAGCUGUGGAACACAUUUCAUCCCCCAGAGUUGGUUCGGCCUGCUUUGGAGAAAACCUUACAGACGUUGCAGCUGGAUUAUGUGGACCUCUAUAUCAUAGAGCUGCCCACAGCCUUCAAGCCAGGAGACACAUUCUACCCCAAAGAUGAGAAUGGAAAGCACAUUUAUCAUGAAACGGACCUCUGCGCUACAUGGGAGGCUUUGGAAGCCUGCAAAGAUGCCGGACUGGUAAAAUCUAUUGGAGUUUCCAACUUCAACAAGCGACAGCUGGAACUGAUCCUUAACAAACCUGGACUGAAACACAAACCUGUGUCAAACCAGGUUGAGUGCCAUCCCUAUUUCACUCAGCCAAAGCUGCUUGAUUAUUGCCGGCAGAAAGAUAUUGUCAUCGUUGGCUACAGCCCCCUGGGGACAUCUAGAGACGCAUCCUGGGUAAACCUGAAAUGCCCCCCUUUGUUGGAAGAUGAGCUGCUGGCUUCAAUUGCCAAAAAGUAUAAAAAGACCACAGCUCAGGUGUGUCUCAGAUUCAACGUGCAGAGAGGAGUGGUGGUCAUCCCCAAGAGCUUCAACCCUGAUCGCAUUAAGGAGAAUUUUGAGAUCUUUGACUUCUCUCUCUCUGACGCUGAGAUGACGGCGAUUGAAGGCUUGAACAAGAACAUUCGUUUUGUGGAGCUUCUCAUGUGGUCUGAUCAUCCAGAGUACCCGUUUCAUGAUGACUACUAGACCCACCAGAUAUCAAGAUAUACUUAAAUUUCUUCUUGAUUUCACAAAAUUAUGCAUGUUAACUCAAAAAUUAUUUUGCUACACCAUUUAUUGUAAUUUUAUGAAAUAUAUAUUUGAUAUAUGCUAUUGAUCUGUUUAUUAAAGCAGUAAUUUUGAUUAUUUCAAUAAA